CUUGGCGUUUCUACUUUCUUGGCUGCCCCCUUACCAGCUAAUAAAUAUGGUAUAAAUGGUUUACCUUUAACUCCGAAUUCCAUUAAAAUUUUAGGAAGAUUUCAGCUGUUGAAAUCUAUUUCUCAUCCAUAUCUUUGCCAGUAUAUAGAUCUAGUCCGGGGAAAACAUGAACGUUUAUUCGUAGUUUGCGAAUAUAACAAAAUUAACCUACAAGAUUGUAUCCGCAGCGGCAGGCAAUUGAGUGCAACGACUAUAGCACAAGUUGGCUAUCAAAUAUUACAGGCUUUAGCGUUUCUUAAUACCUAUGAAAUUGUUCAUCGUUCGCUGACCCCGUUUAACGUUUCACUUGCGAGCGAGGGCAACAUUAAAUUAUCGCAUUUUGGACUGUAUUACGUAACUCAUUUUGGCAGUUUAACUACCUUUCCUAUUGGAUAUCCCCCGUAUUUACCACCUGAAGCCAUUGUUGCUGGUCCAAAUUAUGCGGCCGAGUUAGGUCCCUCCGGUUUUAAGGUUGAUGUUUGGUCCGUUGGAAUUAUUUUACUAGAAAUGGUCAUAUUCGUGAAAGUAUUUUGUCACGUAAAAUAUACUAUUACAUUUAGUGUUUUGUCCAAGCUAUAUUCUUUAAUACCUAAAUCCAAUAUUAAAUUAGGUAUAAUCUGUACUAAUCUGAUCUUUCUUUGUAAAUUAUGCUUAUCAAGGCUUCUACCGAAACAGUUACUAGAUGAUGAAUUAUUUGAAGAGUUGCGCAUCAAGCAGCCAGUAAGAUCAGAGAUUUUAUUAGAAGACUGUUACUUUACUUUAGUUUUUACUUGUUUAAAGCUAUUUGAAGAAGUUUACUAUAUUUGGUCACUUGCUGCUGGAGAUUUGGAGUCAUUACUAAAGAAAUCUAAACUUAUAAAGUCCGAACCUCCGAUUUGUAGUAUGCCAAAUUUAACAACAAAUGAUGGUUAUGCAUUCGGACAACCGAAAGAUAGAUUAAAUUUACAUGAUAACUCUGUUCAAAUCCUCCCUUUAGAAAAAGUAUUAGAAAAAAUUGAGUCAAUAAACGGAAUAGAGCUUUAUCCAUUGAUAGAAUAUUCACAUAGUACGGAGGAAACAAAAGAAACCGCUAAACUUCCUCCUAUAAUUAAAGAACGUGAUGUUUGUUAUCAAACACAUAGAAUCAUUUUAUUUCAACGGUUAUUGGAGGGAUAUCCCCAUACGUUGAAAACCCUCUUUUCGGAAGCUGCUACUGAUAUUCCUCCCCUUUUAAGGGGAAAAGUAUGGUCAGCUCUUCUGGGGAUCCGGGGUAACGUACAAGAAAUUUACGAUCUGAUUGAUAAAGAGACGCCAAAUUCUACUGACCGCCAGAUCGAAGUUGAUAUUCCUAGAUGUCACCAGUAUGAUGGAUUGCUUUCAUCUCCUACUGGCCAUAUAAAGUUUAAACGUAUUUUAAAAGCAUGGGUUGUGUCACAUACUGACUUGGUGUACUGGCAAGGUCUUGAUUCAUUGUGUGCUCCUUUCUUACACUUACACUUUAAUAAUGAGGCCUUGGCCUUUGCAAGCCUGUGCGCUUUUAUUUCUAAAUACUUGCAUAAUUUUUUCUUGAAAGAUAACUCUCACGUUAUUAAAGAAUAUUUGGCUGUGUUUUCUCAAAUGAUUGCAUAUCAUGACCCAGAAUUGAUGGAUCAUCUAGAUAACAUCAGUUUUAUUCCUGAUCUAUUUGCAAUUCCAUGGUUUUUGACGGUAUAUACGCAUGUCUUUCCGUUGCUCAAAAUUUUUCAUUUGUGGGAUGCGCUCCUUCUCGGAAAUAGUUCAUUUCCGCUAUUUAUAGGAUUAGGAUUGCUGUUUCAAUUACGAUCUGAAUUACUGAGUUCCGGAUUCAACGAAUGUAUUCUUUUAUUUUCUGAUUUACCAGGU